AUGUUCGAACAAAUUUUUCGUUUGUUACAAUCCGGUUCCACUCGUUGUCUGAUUCAUGUUACCGUCUUCAUCUGUCUAUGGGCAUUUCUUCCACACGCUCAGUUUGUUAUGUGUUAUUUUAAUCGUCUGUCAGCUAUUUCACCACCAUCUAAAGCUCAAAUUACAAUUGGCGCUUUCUUCUCCCUACACAAUCCUCCGACAUUACAUGGCGGUGGUCGACUGCGAGAAUGCGGGGACAUUCGAGAAGAUUAUGGCAUUCACCGAGUAGAAGGUACCUUUUGGAUUCUUGAUCAAAUAAAUGCUAAUCAAUCGAUAUUGCCAAACAUAACUGUUGGUUAUCAAAUUCGUGAUUCCUGUUGGUAUGCACCUGUCGCUCUCGAACAAACAAUUGAGUUCAUCGGUAACUCUGUUUUGACUGCUGCUGAUCUAUUAGCUAAUUCGAACGGUAAUCGAUCACGAUUAGCAGCUAUUAUUGGUCCAGGUGAUAGUUCGAUUACUAUGCAAACACACAACAUUCUACAAUUGUUCGAAAUGCCUCAAAUUGGUUAUUCAUCUACGGCCAAACAACUGAGCGAUAAAGAGAAGUUCAAAUAUUUCACACGUGUCAUCGCUUCGGACACUCAACAAGCGCAAGCCAUUGUUGACAUCAUUCGACAAUUUCAAUGGAGCUAUGUAGCGACCAUUGGCACUGAAGGUGAUUAUGGUCGUGGUGGUGUCGAAGCAAUUCGUCGUUUGUUAAAUAAAGAUGCAUGUAUUGGUGCGGAUCUGACGAUGCCAAUUGGAGCAAAUCGAUCUGUUGCCAUUCAAUUAAUCAAACAACUCGUUACUCGCGCACCGCGUGUGCAAGUCCUAAUAUGUUUUUGUCUCGAUCAUUCGAUUCGAGCUAUUCUACAAGCCGUCAAUGAAUUAAAUUAUACUCAACGAUUUAUUAUUCUUGGAAGUGAUGCCUGGGCGGAUCGUCUUAAUGUAAUACCAAACAAUACGGAGAAUGUUGCACUCGGGGCGAUUACGAUCAAAGCACGUUCAUUGCGUGUACCCGGUUUUGAACAAUAUUUUCGUCGAUUGCAUGUUCACAACAACACAAGAAACGUUUGGUUUCGAGAAUAUUGGCAGCAAAAAUUUGCUUGUACAUUAGACGUAGAUGACAGGUAUCUGACAAGUCGACCGACAAAGUAUACUCGAACAUGUGCACCUGAACGAGAAAGUCUAGCUAAAGUUCCAUAUAACGAAGAUCCGAAACUUGCAUUUGUAAUCAAUUCAAUCCUAGCUGUUGUGCAUGGCCUUGAUAAAAUGCAUAAACAAGUGUGUCAUGGUUCACCCGGUUUAUGUGCAGAUAUGGCAAGAAUGAACUCCUCGCUUUUAAUGCAUUUUCUAAAGAGCAGUCGAUUUACAGGAAUAACCGGUGAAGAAGUCUUUUUCGAUGAGAAUGGCGAUGGUCCUGGAAGAUAUGAUAUCUUGAAUCUGCAAGGCAAUGCAAAUGAGCUUGAACCUCAUCUACAUUAUGUGGAAGUUGGAACAUGGAGCACGGGAAAAUUAAAUCUGAAUACAUCCGCUAUUCGCCUUUUUUCGGAUCAACGCCCGUUAGAGAACGUCGAUGUUCGACGAUUUUGUAGCGAGUCAUGUCCAACGGGUUAUAUCAAGAAAUUUACUGAUGAAGAGAAAUGUUGCUGGAAAUGUCACUCAUGUGGCGAUGAAAUUGUUCUUGAUGAAGUUACUUGCUUUGCAUGUCCAAUUGGCUUUGCUGCUAACGAAAAUCGAACAGCUUGUCGACUUCUCCCGAUUACAACGAUUAAUUUUCGUCAUCCGUUAUCGAUUAUAAUUUGUUUUAUAGCCGGUGUUGGUAUUAUUUUAAGUAUAUUUGUUGUUUAUAUUUUCGUACGUUUCAAUGCAACUCCAGUAGUCAAAUCGACGACUCGGGAAUUAAGUUAUUUAAUCUUAACAGGAAUUCUAUUUUGCCAUUUGACUGCAUUCAUUGUUUUGCAAAAACCAUCGUUUGUCAUCUGUGUUUUAACGCGUCUAUUACCUGGAAUAUCAUUUUCAAUGAUAUAUGGUUCAUUAGUAACAAAAACUAAUCGUAUCGCACGAAUUUUAGCACGUAGUAAGAAGAAAAUUAUCACGCGAAGAUUGAAAUUUAUGAGCGCAAAACAUCAACUUGCGAUAGCCUGUCUUAUUCUCAUCACAGAAGUCAUUAUUGUUGCUGUCACUGUUUACCAUGAUCCACCCAAAGCAGUUUUGAUUACAACAGGUGGACGCUUAUUACUAACUUGUCGACAAUCACUCGAGGGUAUUGUAGCUCCACUUGGCUUCGAUGGACUCUUAGUAUUCUUGUGUACACUCUAUGCUAUUAAAACAAGAAAUUUACCAGAGAAUUUCAAUGAAGCGAAAUUCAUUGGAUUUUCAAUGUAUACAACAUGUGUAAUAUGGUUAGCAUUUGCUGCCGUUCAUUUUGCCACAGAUGUUAAAGUUUUUUCAUUAUGCGUUGCAACCAAUGCUAGUGCAUACGUUGUUUUGAUCUUUCUAUUUUUUCCUAAACUUUACCUCAUUAUUUUCAAACCUGAAAAAAAUCAACGAAGUGCAUUUGCUACAAACAAAGAUAUUCGUUGUCAUUUUGGCUCGUCGACAUCGAAAAGUGAUAUGUCAAAUUACAAUUUCAACGAUGGUUCAGCUUUAUUCCGUAAAUCAGUUCUGCAUCGAAUUCGUUUCGGUAAUACAAUUCGUUUAAAAGCUGAACUUGAUAGCGCAGCAGCAGCAGCGGCCGCUGCCGCCGCCGCAACGACUCCUUCCCGUGCCAAUGAUACUCAGUCGAACGAUCGACGUUCAUCUCGUACCGCAACAGACGACUCCAAUCAGCCGAUCUCGACCUAUCAACAUUAUCGUCGCUCCUUAAUUUCCUCAGCAAACAAUCUGAAUGAUUCAUCUCGGCAUUCGAAUCUAUCGGCAAAGAAGACAUUCGAGAAUAUUCCAGAAACAUGUGAAACUGAUCUGAGUAACCGCAUAUCAUCAGGAAGAACAUCAGCAGCUGGAAAACAUCCGACCGAUCGCAUUCACUCAGACACCAGUGAAAAGUCAUCGAGUAAUCUACAACAACGACAAUCAUCGUCAAGUCAUUUACCCGAUUGCAUUUUCGCAACUAAUCAACCGAAUGAUUUGAUAUCGUCACGGCCUAAGAAACCAACACGAAACAGAAGUCAGACAAAUUCUAUCAACGAUAUGUCAUUAACAACCAAACUUGCUGAUAUCGAAAGUGAAUCUUCAAGUGCAUGGACAAACGACGGUAUCGGACUGAAUUCUCUUCCGACAACAACCACAAUAGCAAAUCCUGAACCCGUCUGUACAUGUCAGUUACUCUGGCAACUGGAACGCGAUACUGAUAGUAUUGAUAAGUUUAAACUGUUCUUCAAACGCGAUCAUUUGAAUGUCGAUUGGGACUAUGUGCAAGGUUCAAGUGAAGUUUAA